AUGACUCCCAACGUCCUUAUUGACUCCACGUACUCGUUCAGCUCCAGAAUGACUGUGGCUCAAAGGAAAGAGGCAAACGAACUGAGAAAGACUCUCAAACCUCUAAUGGAGAAAAGAAGGCGCGCGCGCAUCAAUGAGAGCCUCAACAAGUUAAAGGAGCUGAUAGUCCCUCUGGUUGGCAAAGAUACUUCUCGCUACUCAAAGCUGGAGAAAGCCGACAUCUUGGAAAUGACCGUUAGGUUUCUUAGAGAACUCUCGUCUUCACCAGUUAAAGCCCAAGCAGACAGUUACAGAGAGGGCUAUGAAGCGUGCCUGCAGCGGGUCUCCGCGCUCCUCCCGCGCACGAGCCUCGACAGUGAAUCCUGCGCGCGCGUGCACGACUUCAUCCAGCAGUCGAAAUUCUCCAGCUCGCCAGCCUGCCGCACGUGCAGCUCACGUACCUCCAGCGCGAUCCAGCACGAGCGUCUCCUGAGCCCGAAAUCCAACAACGUCCUUCCAAGUGAAAACCUCGCGAGCGCCAUCCCUGGACCAGCUUCCGGUAGAGCUCAGGCUGCGCCACAAGCCGCCGCUCAAACCAUGUGGAGACCGUGGUAG